AUUUAUGUAAGUUAUGUACCUACUUUCUUUUUGCGUUUUGGCUUUGUCUGUGCUGCCAGCGGCAAGUGGGAAUGAAUGUAGUGGAACAGUGAUACAGGCAUCUGAUCGUAUUGAUUGCAACGUUCGUCCGAAUGACCAGGCAACUUGUGAGGCUGCAGGUUGCAAGUGGUGUGCCAAUGACGAUGGUAGAAUAGCCAAAUGCUUUUUAAACAAGGCGACCAGUUUAGAAGUUUUAGAAGCAGCAGCAGCGGGUUGUUCAUCAACCAGCAACUGCAAAGUAAGAAUCAACUGCCACCCUGACAUUAUAACAUAUGCGGUUUCCCAAGCUUCGUGUGAGAUGCGUGGUUGCCUGUGGUUGGGACCUGCAGCUGUACAAGACCAACCACGUUGUGUUUACUACAAUAAACCAGUAUCAACAACAGCUACGUUACCAAGUGGAGCAUUCCCGAAAGUGGAAGCUUUCCUUAACUGCACAUCAUGCUCAACUUGUAACUUGAAAUAUAAAUGUCUCGAAAACGAAGCGAACCCGAACCUUAACAAUGAGAAAAGAUGCCAAAGGGAAGGCUGCAUUUGGUGUAAUGGGGAAUGCAUAUUCGGGCAACCGUCAGCUUUGAGGACGCUUGCUUCUCAAUGUACUUCGUGUUCCAACUGUCCGGCGAACGCUUACAUAAAGGCAGGCUCCGAAGAAGAAUGCAACAAGCGAGGAGCAACUUGGUGUUCCAGUAGAGAAUCGUCACCUGAAGACAGAAGAUGUGUUCUGUUGAAAGAAUAUAGUAAAGAUACUUGUAACUCAAGGAACUUAGCUGAAAAGACGUGCAAAUCAUGCAGUUCGUGUUCUACGAUUUUCGACUGCAAGUCGGUCGCCGGGGAAAAUCAAACUUCGUGUGAGAACAAGGGAUGUUUAUGGUGUCCCAACAGCGACUCCAAGCCAGUUUGCAGAUAUGGUUCUAUUGGCUAUCAAUGCAUUUCGAAGGACAUAUGCGAUAUCCAAUUUCCUCGUUUCCAGAAAAUACAAUUCGAGCUUAAAACGAUUCAGCGUCCACAUCUUAAACGACUGAUGGAGGUACUCUGCUACUCUCAACUUGGUGUCUGGGCUCCAGAUACAGCGGAUAAGUGUUUGGCGGCCUUUCCGCUGCGAAAUUCCCCAAUAAAGAAAGACCUCUAUGCUAAAUAUAACAUUGUGUAGCCUAAGCUGUGUGUAUUAAAGUUUUUCUAAUAUAUUCAGUCUCUUUGGUGCUCUCUCUGUAUAUCGUCUAUAAAAAUUACACUUUACAAUUUAGCCUUACC